UGACCUAGAUAUUCGUGUCAAGAGAGUUAUCGUGCGCGCACGUGCGUGCGGUAGGAAUCUUCGGGGUACCGGGCACACACGCGCUCGUCCGAACGAUUAGUCGCCAACCGUACGAGCUGUUGUCAACCGCGGCAAAACCAAGACCGAAUCCGGUGCUAAUGCGGCACAUACGAUCUUCCAGCUAUUUUCGUACGUUUUAAAACGCGUGAAAAUUCCGUAUUAUAUUUUUUUAUUUUUUUUUAACUAUUCGAUAAUUCUAUUACGUAUUUACGCUUUACCGAGGCCGUUGGUCGACUGAUCGUUUGAGGGAAAACAAAAACAAAAAAAAAAAAAUAACAAAAACGAUACAGACAUUUUCUUUCGUUUCCACUUCGUGGACAUACGUUUCGAAUCAAACCGUUUUGAUACCGCUUCCGUGAAAUAUUUUUAACGAAAACAAUACAAAUUAAUUUUCCGUCGACGCUUCAUUUGCAUGCUCAUAACUUCGUUACAUUCAUGUGAUCUGGCGACACUUGAACUCGAUUCACUGAGACGCCAUCGCUUUGCACUUGCAUCAAAAUGAUACGACUAUGUAGUAUAAGUGUCCGGAUACUAAAUAUUGUGAUAUUAAAUCUAAUUGCGGUACAAUUACUGCUGUGUUCUAUUGCGAUUAGCGACGGUGUAAAAUCGGAUAACACGCAAUCGGGUGCUGAAUUUUUGAAAAAUGUCAUGGGUAACUUACGCAAACCACAUAUCGUUAAUCGCAAGAACCUUAACGAUCGGAUUGACGUCGAGGAAUACAUACCCGACGAUACACCGUACUCGGACCAAUCCAACGAAAUAAAGAUACUGUCGAAACAACCAUUAAAUUACAACGGACCGAAUGUGAACGCGAACAAAAAUCAGGCUGAAACAUUGUUUUCCCAAUUUUUGAACCCUGAAUUUGCUGAAUCACAGAACAAGAUACUUAAUCAACAAGCUCCACAACAGUUUAUUUCAAUACCGAAUAACCCACAAACGCAGAAUCUAGUAAACUCUAUUUCGUCAAGUGAUCCUAUGAAGCCACCAGAUGGAACGAUUGGUGGUUACAACUAUUUCUUUUAUCCAUUGGACAACAAUGCUAUUAAACAGUUGCAGAACGCCAACAAUCAGCAGGACAUAAGUAAUCAGCAAAAUAGUCAAAAUUCAGCGACGGACAUGAUGGAAAUAAAUAAACCAGAAAAUCAAGUUACCAAGUCAAAAGUUGAACCAUUGUUCGUGGCUAUGGCCGGUUUCGUAGGUGUUGCCGUGGUCUUCCUCAGCGCUAUGAUGUUUAUACCAAGACUUCCCAUAUCCUCACUGAGUUCGAAAGCUGUCCUAAAACGAGCUCCCGAAGAGUUGGCCUCACUAACUAAACUCGUCACCGAAUCGAUCGAUGGAAAAGACUGUAGUGAGAGAAUAGCCUGCGAAGUUGGAAGAGCCAUGCGAUCCAUGCAAGUUGGAAGCAAACCAAUUAGAAUGAUGGAAAUAAUUUUACCUCCAACCGUCGCAAAAAAACUGGCUCAGAUACGAAGAGCUGCGACAAGGAAAGAACAGUGCCAUUUCAUCUCGUGUAAAAAUACUGACGAUUCAAUUAAACUGGUGGCGAAAUUGAGGAGACCGAAUAAUAAAACCGUUACCAGCGUCAAAGAAAUUUUCGACAUGGAUUAGAUUGUAUGCUUACUGAUAAUUAUUUAUUUAUUUAUAAUUUAUUUUACAAAAUUACCUAUGUAAUUACACUCAUCUCUAUAGAAUGCACAUACAAAUAUAAUAUUUAUACUCCCUGCGUGGUAUAAUAUUAUUAAAUGUUAUUAUUAGACACCUAUUAAUGAUAUUUAUUGAGAUAUCAUCGUCGUAAUACAAAAACUGACCAAGUGCAUUUUCAUAGUUUUCAGUAAUAUCAAUUUUAGUUUUAAAUACUUUUAAAAACUUAUAAACACUUUGAAAAUUACAAUUUAUAUUCAUUUCUACUAAACUUGUUAUCGUUUAAAUUGUGAUAAUAUGUUUUAGUAAUAUAUUCUGUAAUUUUUUUCAAUUUAUUUUGUUUGAAGCUUCAUUUAAAAAAAUGCACAUUGUCACUUUUUGUAUAACGAUAACGAUAUGCUUAGAUUAUCGAUUAAUGAUUAUACUACAGUAGUUUAGUGGAUAGUUUAGUUAUUAUAUUAUAUUAUAUUUAUUAAGAUGCUCAAUACAACUUUAGCAGAACUGAUAGAUAUUAUAAACAUGUACAUGAAUAUGUGAAGAAAUAAAAAUAUUUUAUUUGACAA